GCAGUAUUCAGUCUCUUUAGAAACUUCUCUGGGGGGAAAGUGUGGAGAGAUCUACAAAGUGGAUUUUUUUUCCUCUUUUCCCCCCCCCCUUCAAUUUUCUUUUUCUUUUUUAACUCUUCUUCUGCAGCCUUUGCGCACAGACACACACACACAAACUUUUGCAGAAAACUUUUCUUGACAGCGCUGGAAGAGGAGGGGGGAGGCAAAGCGACCCAAUCAAAACACAAUGUGCUUUCAACCAGCCUCUCCAGCCGCCUAGCGCUACCUGCUCUGCCGGGUUUCAUGAUUCUUUGCAGCACUCCUGCCAGGAGCCCCUUCCGCAAAUAACUUUGCUCCCCACUUGCCCUCCUCGCCCAGCGUUGGAAACCUGCUGGGGGGCAGGGCGGGGGUGGGAUAUUUGCUGCCGGUUUAGGGAGCCUUCACAACCCAGCUCUUUGCUGGCUUGUGAUUUAUUCCCCCCGCCCCCCCGCCGUGCACCCCGCAACCUGUUGCAGCCAGGCUGUGCACGCUGGUUAUUUUGAGGCCAAACUCAUCAUCAUCAUUCCCGGGACUUUUUUUUUUUUUUUUUUUUUUUUGGAAUUUAGAGGGGGAUUCCCCCCCCCCCACGCCCCCUCCCCCGCUUUAAAAACCAACUUUGCAUCCUCGCUCCUGCCUGGAAGAUGCUCCCGACCCUCUGCCUGCUGCUGCUGCUGGGCACGUGCCUCGGCGGCUCCCAGGGCCUGGGCUCCUUCGUGCACUGCGAGCCGUGCGACGAGAAAGCCCUGUCCCUGUGCCCGCCCAGCCCGGCGGGCUGCGAGCUGGUGAAGGAGCCGGGCUGCGGGUGCUGCCUGACCUGCGCUCUGGCCGAGGGGCAGCCCUGCGGGGUGUACACCGAGCGCUGCGCCCAGGGGCUGCGCUGCCUGCCCCGCCAGGGCGAGGAGAAGCCGCUGCACGCCCUGCUCCACGGCCGGGGCCUCUGCCGCCACGAGAAGAGCUACCGGGAGCAAGCCAAGCUGGAGCGGGAAUCCCGUGAGCACGAGGAGCCGACCACCUCGGAGAUGGCGGAGGAAACCUACUCGCCCAAGGUGUACCGGCCCAAGCAUGGACGCCUCUCCGAGCUCAAGGCUGAGGCCCUGAAGAAGGAUCGCAGGAAGAAGCUGACCUUGUCCAAGUUUGUCGGCGGGGCAGAGAACACGGCGCAUCCCCGGGUCGCCGUCCCCGAGCUGAGGCAGGAGUUCGAGCUGGGCCCUUGCCGCAGGCAGAUGGAGGCCUCACUGCAGGAGAUCAAAACCAGUGAACGAAUGACCCCCCGAGCCGUUCACCUUCCCAACUGCGACCGGAAGGGAUUCUACAAGAGGAAACAGUGCAAGCCGUCCCGGGGGCGGAAGCGCGGGCUGUGCUGGUGCGUGGACAAGUACGGACUGAAGCUGCCAGGGACCAAUUACGUGGCCGGCGACCUGCAGUGUCACAGCUUCGACAGCGGCGUCACCGAGUGAAGGGCCUGCCCCGUCCCCUGCCCCCCGCCCCCACGCCUCCCCACGCCCCGGGACUCCGAACCCUUUCAUCUCAUUUCGAAAAACGGAAGAAACUGAGGACCUCGGAAUCUGCAGCCCGUCCUCGCCUGCUCGGCGACGGUGACUAAAGGAGAAGAGGAAAGCAGAAGUCAAACCAGCGCCGCCUUCCCAGUACAGACCCCCCCGAGAUGCCCCCAAACUGCUCUCGACUCUCCGUGCAGGAACGCAGCCAGUGCCAACGUAGGAAUCGACUUGGGGGCUUUUCUAUUGUGGGUUUGGUUUUGGUUUGUUGAUAUGGGGGGGAGUCUUUUUUUGUUUGUUUUGGUUUUUAGACUAGCCAGCAACUUUCUAAACGGUCUCCAGUGAAACCAGACAAAGCCCUGCGAUGGGGUACACGUCCACCGUUCAGCCCUUGCGUUUGAGUGGCUUGCUUGGCACUGCCAGAGCUAAUAUUGCCCUCCAUUGGCACUAAAAGUCCUUUGAUUGGUAUCUCUAUGGAGAUAGAUGCACAGCUUUCUGGGCAAUCGGUGUCUAGAACAUGGUUGUAAAUGGGUUUGCAUUUUGUUAGGAAACGAGGCAGGGGAUACCAGCUCCUGCCAGCAAAAUAUGGUUGUGGUUCCUUUAAAAAAACCCGAAAAUCGGCCAAAAGAUAACCAAUCACCUUUCAGUUCCAUCGGGGAUCAUUGUCCCUGAGCAGCAUCAGGAAUCUUAUUUCCUGUCACGUGAGAUUAUUUUAAAUGUUGUUGGCCAUCGGUGUGUGGCAAUUUAUGUUCUGUAUGUGCGUGUGGCUCUGUUUCCGCCUUGCAAAAGUGGCCCCAGUCCUGCCGUCACGUAUGCUGAACUUUACGCACGUGAGCAGUCCUGGCACUGGCCACUGUCGAAAGACAGGAUAUUGGGCUAGAUGGACCUUUGGUCUGACCCAGUCUGGCCGCUCUUGUAAUCUGUAGACGUUAACGGGCCUUUUCCCAUGCUUAAAAUCCUGCACUAGGUCAAGUGUUUGGAAAAUCAGCGCCCAAAUUCAGGCAGAAGGACCCCCCCCCUCCCCAUCCACACACACACAAUCCUGCAAACAAUUUAGCAUGUGUAUAAUUUUACUCACGAGUGCAGUCCCACAGACAGCUUUGCUUAAAUGGCUGUGGGAUCGGGCUCCAAAAUCUUUACCACCCUCUGCCAUGAUGGGAAAGCGAAUGAUAUUGUCCUUGCCCAUCAUAAGAAUCAUUUGCCCGGGGUGUGUGCGCACAUGCACCCACAAAUGCAAACCUCUCCCUUCUUCUGUUGCAAUGGUAAAUUACAAAUGUCAAGUCUCUCCCCCUGCAAUGAGCUCCAUAGACACUUAGGCCCUGGCAGAGCUUACUGUGGGAUCGGUGCCCUAACUUGGCCAAGACCGUUUGGCCAGCUUGUCGACUGUUGUGACUGACACCACGGAAGCCACUGAUCUGAGCAACUCAAGCGGCAUCUUCAGGCAUGGCCAGAUCGCUGCAGCCUUUGGACUCGUGUAUUUUUUAACUCUUGGGACCGUUUUUUUUUUUCCCCUACUUUCACCAUGACAAGGGUCUUUGUUAAGGUCGCUUCCAACGAGACUCCGCAGCAAAGAGGACGGGGCGUUUGGCUGACUCCCUGCUUUGGCCAAUUAACGGUGCUCAAGCUGUCGCUACCCAUUGCUUUGUCGCUGAGUGUGUGGACGCGCCCACUGAGAGAACUAGCCCCCACACCCAUCCUGGCAGAGGCAGCACGGCGUGGCUGGUUACAAGCACACCCAGGCAACGUGCUAGUUAGAGACACAAAGAACGUGCCGGUUUCUUCCCCGUACCAGCCAGGACGGGCCCUGCUGCGGGCUGAUCCUCAGGAAAGCCAGAGCGACGCCCACAACACACUAGUGCAGAUCAAAGGGAACCAAGGAAUCUCCCCGAGCUAGACUGGCUACUGCAUGACCGGGACUUGCGGGGUUUCUUCCUCGACCUUCCCAGAGGAGCAUGGGUCUGGCAUUGUGGGGGCUGGGCAGUGCCUCCCUCCCCCGCCGGGCUUUGGGCAGUCGGGGGGGAGGUUUGCCCCACUGCUUUUGUUGAGUGGAGCAGAGGGUUUUGCCCCGUGGGAGAUCGGCAGGGAGUCUGUGUGUGCCAGCGCCCCCGUCGGUGCUGUGACGCCGUGCUCCCGACACCAGAGCGUGCCAUGCUCACGGAUCCUGAUUCUCAGUUCCCCAGGCCCCUGCUCAGGGCAGAGGGUGCCUUGUAUUCUAGGGCUGGGCAGCCCCCAGCGUCAUUAGGGCAGCCUCAGGGCUGCUCUGGCUUAUGCUCUGGCCCCAGCGCAGUGUACUCUGGCCACCCUUCCUCCCGCGGCCAGCCGGAGACGCAGCGCCUAGCGUUGUGCAGAUGGGCCGCGGUGUAACCGGGAACCAGGCCCACAGAACAGGUCCUGGAGAGGGAAGCGGAGACUUAGGCUCAGAGACUGGCAGUGAUUUGAGAGUGGAAACUGCCCCAAAUGCCCUUCUCCCAUCACCUGGUGGCGCCAUUUCCCAGGGCAAGGCUGGCCGUGCAGGUCCCUGGGCCUUGCCAUAUGAGAUGUGUCCCCGGUCCACGGACCCCUCCUCCACCGGCCCACUCUAACCCAGUGAACCAUCAAAAAUGGGCCACCCAGCAGCCCUGGGCAUCUCUCCAACUUGUCCUGGAAGCUCUGGGCUACUUGAAGGGAGAGAUGAGCACACACUGGUGCGGCCGGGGAGCCCGCACAGUUCAAAGGCGUUUGACGUUGGUGGGCUGGGUCAGUCCAUUGGAAAUGGAAAGAAGAGGGGAUGUUUGCCAAAGUCACAGCUAUAUCCUGGUCCGGCUCUGCCCCCCGCCCCCAGGGGCAGACCCGGGGUGCUCCCACCUUGCUCUGGAGGUCACUGGGUGCAUUACAGGGGAGCCACAGCCUUGAAGAUUGGGGUAGGUGGCAGAGAAGAGAGCAUGGGGGCCAUAUACACCCCAAAGGGGGACGGACUGCGCUAGAAAGCUCUUGCCCGGGGAGGCAGUGCCCCCAUCCGCCUGACUUGGCCAGUCCCUCUGCCGCGCACCCUCCCCAAGUGACCCCGAGUCCUGACUCUUUUAGGCCAGUACCCACCGUCUUCCCUUCUCGUGCUUUUUCGCCCUUGCUUGUUCGUUUGUCUUGCUGUUGCUUUAAUCCCCGAAACUUGAAAGCUGCGAAAGCCUGUCUGGGCAGGUGAUGUGCCCCGGGGCCAGGCUGGGGUCUCACCCUGUCUGCACUCAGCUAGGGAUGACAGCUACUGGCUAGGGGGGGAAGGGUCACUUCCAAGCUGUUUCUUAUAGCUCGCACCCUGAGCCCUUUUAUUGAAAAGUUGAUGGGGCAAAGAUGAGUGGGAUCCCCCGCACUGUACACACACAGGGGGGUGGGGGGGGCGGCACUAGACAAAUGCUGGGCCUGGGUCAGAAGCCCAGGAAAAGCCCUGGCUCUCCAAGUUAAAGAGCUGAGCGUCGCCCCCAUCUCACUGGCUGCUGCCCCAACCCAGAAUGACACCCCCCCCUUUGUACUGGGCGGCCAAGGCAGUUCUGCUGGGAGGAACAACCCUGUGCCGCCGUGGGCCUGUUUCCCCCAACCUGAGUGGAUCUGGAGGUUGGUGCUAGCUGGUGGUGCUACAGCUGGCCGAAAGCUAAUACUCUUCUGCCUCAGUUUCCCCCCUGCUGAAGUGAUCUCCUGUGUGCCUGUGAGCUCAUCCCAGGGGGGAGGCACAGCCAGCCGUGGCCCCGUGUUCGGCUGCCAGUGGGAUCCCCCCGCCCCGAAGCAUUAAAGCUGCCCAUCGGCCUGCUGUCGCUCAUUGAAGGCCUGGAAAGGGGAUUGAGGCUGGUGCAGAUUCAGGCUGUCCCAAGGCCUUCUGCUUCCUGGGACCCCAGCAAGCGCACAGUGAUUGGGGUGCGGGGCUGUGCAUUCCCCCCCACCCCACUAUGGAUCAGCAUAGGGGUCCCUUCCCCAACAACGAGAGCCUGAGUGGGCCAGCCCAGGGAAAGGGAACCCAUGGAGACACAGCCCCUUAGGUGCCUCGCCCACACAGAGCUGUGGGUCUCUGCCAUCAUUGCUGGCAGACCCAGCUGUACAGUCCCCUUCGGAGGAGCCCGGGGCUGAGCCCGGAGAGAGGCAGAUGCCCGGUUGCACAGAAGGGCUGUCAAUACUCCCUAGGGCCGUGACUGUUUGAAAACUGCACUAAGAUUCGCUAAGCAGGAUUGAGCCAUGUCCCGGGAAGUGGCUCAUCAGGCCCAGACCCUCCCACCUUGCCCCAGGACAGGAGUUUGUUUUGGGGGAGUGGUUUGGGUUUUUUUAAUGGUGGAUCGAGCAAACCAGACGGGGAGACUCCCUCCAGUAACGGCUUAAUCCCCGGGGAGGCGCCGGUGAUCUCUGAGGCACAUUUCACCUCUCGGUGUUCUUCUAGCCUGAGUCUCUGGCAAUGAAACAAGCGGGCGGGGCGGGGGGCAAAGGAGGAUCUAAUGGGGUUCAGAUUGAAAGCAAGGCAAGGGCGUGGUGGUGAGCAAAUAGAUCCUCUCCGGCGGGGUUAUUCCGUGUCUGUGCUGCAGCAGGCAGUCUUAUUUUAAAACCACUAGUACAAGAGCAUUUUGCACUAUUUCUCCACUCUCUUCUGUCGCACGGUUGUUUUUUCCCUAACGGAGUGUGUCUAUUUCAACAAGCGACAGUUCACCUUGAGUCCAGCCCUCCCAGUAUGAGCACCUUGGCUUGUAGUCCAGUGCACGGCACUGCCUCUUGCCCCACACUCUGCCCCGCCGGCCUUGGUACAGCCUGUCCACAAUGCAGUUAUCUACCAUUGUAGUACAGUUGUUAACACACCAGAUUCCGAGAUCCCUGCCUGGUUUUUAAUCUUUAAGCAAUACUCACUACACAUUUUACGGUAGCUUUUUAUAGCUUUACAUACAUACAGUAGCUCUGUUUUGUUUUGUUUUUGUUUUUUUUUGUGUGCGUUUUUUAUUUUUUUUUUUUUUUGGUGUGUGUUAUUGUUUUUCCAGUAAAGAAGAAAUAUACAUAAUCGUACUGGUGGGGAAAAAAGAAAAAAAAAGCAGUUUGUGAAAAACUGACAACGGAUGAGGAGCUUAAUGCUCUGUUUUGUACUUUUAAAAACAAAUCUCACGUUUUAUUAAAAAGUGAAGAUUGCUGUAUGCUAUUUAUUCAACUUAUAAUUUAUGUUACUCUUUGAUCUUUGUCUUUUCUCAUGGCAAAGCAUUUAUUUAAUAAAGUUAUGCAUUCAGUUAG